UUCAUCUUGCAGUAAACAAUUCAACUCUGUCGCACUGUGUUUGUGAAACAUUUCCAAUGGAUUUGUUGUUUGUUUUACAGGCAAACUUUUGGCCUAUAUUCUUUGUCACUGCUGUUUUCUUUUUCAUAUGGAAGAGCCGCAGUAAAGAUCACCUUAAGUUUGGGCGGCUGCCUCCAGGACCCGCUCCUUCACUUGUGGUUGGGAAUUUUUUCCAGGUUCGUGUAAAGGAACCUUACAAGUAUUACCUUGAGCUUAGUAAAAAAUAUGGCCCUGUUUUCACCCUUUGGUUUGCCAACACACCUGUUGUGGUGAUCUCUGGAUACCAAGCCCUGAAAGACUCCUUCAUUGGCAUGGGUAAUGCAUUUAGUGGAAGGGCAAACUACCCCCUCUUAAUGCGUGCCACAAAUGGAUAUGGUCCUUUAGUUAGCAGUGGGGAAAGAUGGAAGCAGCUUCGGCAGUUCUGUCUGUCAAACCUGAGGAACUUUGGGAUGGGUCACCGUAGCAGUGAGGACAAGGUGAAGAAGGAAGCAAGCUGUCUCGUGCAGACUUUUAGUACAUUUGGAGACUCUGCUUUCAAUCCAAGACACUUGAUAGAUAAAGCAGUGUGCAAUGUGAUCUGCUCAAUCAUAUUUGGCCAAAGAUUUGAAUCUGAUGACCCACAGUUGAAAUUUAUGUUAGAAGUGAUUGAUGAGUACUUCAAGAUUUUAAACACUCCACUUGGACAGGCCUAUAAUAUUUUUCCCAAGAUUGUAGGUCUUUUUUCUGGACAGCUCCAUGACUUGUUUUCAAAAAUGGAAAAGCUUAAAGGCAUUUUUAAACUUGAAGCAGAGGCUCGGAUGAAGACACUGGAUCCUUCUUCAAAUCCUAAAGAUUUAAUCGAGGCUUUCCUUUUACAAAUGGAAAAGGAGAAACACAAACCCAGUACAGAAUUUCAUCUCAAUAACUUGUUGAGCACAACAUGGACAAUGUUUAGUGCUGGCAUUGAGACUACUACUUCUACAAUCAGGCAGAGCCUGUUGUUAAUGAUGAAACAUCCAGAAAUCCAAGCACGAGUCCAGAGGGAGAUUGAUGAGGUGGUGGGGCGAGACCGAUGGCCUUCCAUUGAUGACAGACAGAACAUGCCAUAUACAGAUGCAGUCAUUCAUGAAGUUCAGCGCAGCAUGGAUAUUGCUCCUACUGCUGUUCCACAUAAGAUUUUUUAUGAUACAGAGUUUAUGAACUAUCUCAUACCCAAGGGAACUGUUAUACUUCCCUUGUUGUCUUCUGUGCUUUUUGACCCUGAACUAUGGAAGAACCCUGACAAUUUUGACCCAGAGAACUUUUUGGAUGAAGAGGGAAAAUUCAAACGAACUGAUGCAUUUGUUGUGUUUGGAAUAGGAAAGCGGGCCUGUUUGGGUGAAUCUCUGGCCAGAGUUGAACUCUUUAUCAUGUUCACCUCCCUCCUACAGCACUUCACCUUUAGGGCCACUCAGCCGCUGGAGGAGAUCGAGACCACUCCUGUCAUUUGCAGCUUUGGCCGAAUACCUCGUUCGUAUGACUGCUAUGCUGUGCAUAGGAAAUAAACAACUGUUUUCUUUUGGAUAACAACUUGAUUAUUAUAUUAGCCUAUUAUACAGUUGCAAAAAUAUACAAAUAUCAAGAAAAUAAUAGAAUGUAAAGGGAUAUAACCUCUUUUGAACA